CAAACCAGAGGCCACAAGGCUCAUCUCCAAAUUCCGAAUUCGCCCAACCAAGCCGGCUUACCGCCUUGUCGAAGCAACCUCCGCAGCUCCGCUCCCCUUGGCCCUUCCCUCCUCGCGAAUCAAUCGGUCGGACACGCCCGCCCGCCCACCCCACCCCCUGCGCCCCCCAUUCCCCACCCUUCCAGAGAGCCCCCGCGCCGCCGGCCGCUGCCUCGCCGCCGCGGGGGAUGCCGCCGGCGGUAGCGCCCGACCCGCCGCGCCAAAACCCUAGCGGGCCCGAGCUGGCGGCGGCGGCCCACAUGGCGAACCCGGGCCUAGGGCUCGGCCUCGCGCCGCCGGGCGCGGAGCCCUCCGCCGGGGCGCCGCCGCCUUCGCGCCGCGCGCCGCGCCUGGCAAAGCGGCGCCACCCGCCCGCCUCCUCCCGCUCCCGCGCCCCGCAGGCCCCCGCGGGGUCGUGGAACCCGUUUGGCGGCGGCGGUACAGAUGGCCCGAGGCAGGACGGGAUUGGCGGGCUCGGCGGAGGUGGUGCGGGAUUCGGGAAUGGUCAGACCGGGGGCUUUGUGUUCGGUGCUGCUCCGUCGGUGAGCCAGCAGCCUCCGGAGCCGGUGGCUUCACCCAGUGAGGCUCCCUUCGUGUUUGGGGGCGUGAGGGAGAGCCUGCCACGCUUUGAGGAGGGGCUGCCUACUUCGUCAAAGCUGCUUGAUAAGAUGGAGAAGCUGAACCUGCGCCCAACGGGGGAGGUUGGCGUUGGUUUUAGUCAGGGGAAGGAUCAGAAGGAUGGGAGUUCUGUAUUCGGUGUUGAUAUAUCUGGUUUGGUUUCUAACAGCGGAGUUAAUGUGCUCCCGGAGAAGCUGACACAGUUGAAUUUAGGCUGUGGAGCACCCUUUCAGAGUGAGAAGGGUGACAUUGCUAAUGGUGUGCCAAAAUCACUUGUGUUUGGAGGUAACGGAGCUGGGAGUUUUGCUGAUAGUGGGAACACUGCUGCCCCUGGUGCACAUUCAUAUGCUCCUACCUCAGUUCAGGCUACUGAUGCCAAAGCUAUGCCUGAGAAGUCGACACAGUUCAAUAUAGGUGAUCAAGCACCUUCCAGGGGAAGGGGGAUCGAACAUAAUAAUGGGGCACCAACAGCUUUCACAUUUGGAAGCACUGCAACAAGCAUCCAUCUGGAUAGUACAAACAAUGUUGCAUCUGAUGCCAAUAUGAGUUCAUCCACUGCUGUUAAUGGUUUGGAUGAUGAAGGUGUGCUUCAGGAGAAGAUAACACGGUUGAACAUAGGAAGUGACAUACCCUUGGAUGACAUGAAAAGUGCUGGUGGUAAUCAUCAACCCGAAGUGUUUACAUUUGGGAGUAGAGGAGCACCAGGUGCUGUUUUUGGGAAGGAAGCAAGCAGCACUUCAGAUAGGAGCAGUGAAUUCUUCUCUGCAAACAGCAACGCUUCUAGUUCAAACAGUGAUUUUCUCUCUACAGCAAAUAGCAAUGCUUAUAGUUCAGCUAAUGCUGCAGACAGUUUGCCACCAGAGAAGACAUCAGAUUUGAGUGCAAGAGGUGGAGUCAUGUCGCAGAGCAUGGAAAGUGAUGGUGCUAAUUGUCCACCAGAGGCAUUAUUCGGAAGAAAUGGAACCCGGAGCUCCGUUUCGCACUCUGCAAGCGUAGCCAUGGAUGAUGGAAGUAAUUUUGUCAAUGAUGCAAAUACUAACAUUCCAGAGAAGAUGACAAAGUUAAAUAUAGGAUCUGGAAUUCCAUCUCAGAGCAGGCAAGAUGAAACUGCUACUCGACCACCAGAAGGAUUUGUAUUUGGAAGUAAUGUUUCUAGCUUUUCUUCUGCCCAGGCUGCAAGCACACCAUCCACUAGUUUUCAAACUAAUUUAUUCUCUCAACCAAAGGAGGAGGGAAGAAACUUUAUUGAUGAGAAUAUUAGUAAAUCUACAUAUUCUGAGGCAAAUAGUAAUCAAGGAUGCGGGAGAAGUAGCUUUGUUUUUGGUAGAGGCAGCAAUGCUGCCGCUCCUUCUGAAGGAGCUGCGCAAUACACACUACAUGAUGAAAUCAAGAAAUUGAACAUCAACAGGGAAGGGCCUCCGCUAGGAUGCACUAAAUUGAAUGAUUCUGCAGCUCCUGAAUUUUUGUUUCAAAGCAAAGCAGAUGCUUCUACAGGAUAUGGCGCUGUUCCCCGACCCAAACAGGAGUCUCACCCAUUUGCAAAUUUGAAUUGUUCAUCUAGUUUCUCUACUUUUGAGAAUACAGUGCCUGCCUUCAGUUUUGGAACCAUGAAUGCAGAAGGAGAAACUGCUCCUGAUGAUCCUUGUGUUGUCAAACAGGAUUUACCUGGGUGUUCCAGAGAGACCUUAUUUGGUUUAGACAGCAUAAAGUCUGCAUACAGGGAUAAAAAAGAAGUACAUAAAAGCAAAAGGAAAAAUAAAAGACCAACUAGGCUAAAGCAACAUGCUCAAGUCCAUCAUGCUGCUUCUAAGGAACCCUGUACCAAUGGAGAUUUAGCAGGUGAAUAUUCACCAAUGGAUUGUUCUCCUUAUCCGGCAGAAACUGAACGUGUGUCAACAGAGGCAUAUGUGGCUUCGGAUCAGUCUGUUCACAUAGGUGAUAGUGGUAUCUCUAACUGGAACUCCAGUUGUGCAGAUGAUCUAAUUUCUGCAACUGAGCACUUGGUUAUUGAUGCUGACCCUCCGGUGUUUGCAAAUGAAGGUAGAGAACCGAAUGUAGAUGCAUCUGAGAGCAAUUUUGGGAGCAUCUUUUCUAGUUUUGAAGGAGAUUUAAGUAAUGCAUCGCAACAUUCUUUCACUAACGUCAAUAUUUGCUUAAAUGGUGAACAUAAAACUGGAACAACAGAAGCUUGUGCUGAUGGUUAUGGGUACAAUGUUAAUGGGCAAGCCUGUGAUGAGAAUGCCUACAGAACUCAGCAUAAUUUUGGUGAAGCUGUUGCUUUGCAAUCAAGCUCUUCAAAUUUUAGUGGGCUGAACUUUAGCUUUGGCGCUUCGUCAUCUCCUCAAAUUUCCGCAUCAGCACAAAGACGUAACACAAGAAGGAAGUUGAGAACAAAGGGCACUCCAGCACCUAAGUCUUCAACUACCAAUUCCUUUGUACAGCCAAAAUCUUCACAAGAUACGAAGGGCAUGCAAGUUUUCCAUGAAACAAGUAGAAAUGAAGACUCAUUGAAAGAGCAAGCAACAGGAGAUUCUUCUACUUCUGCAGCCUUGGAGACCUGUGAAACCUGGCGUACUAGUGGAAAUAAAGCCUAUGCAAAUGGCCACUUUGCUACCGCAGAGGAUUAUUAUACCCGUGGAAUAAACUCUAUUUCCCAUCAUGGCACUUCUGGACGCUGCUCCCGUGCAUUGAUGCUGUGUUAUAGCAACCGUGCAGCAACAAGGAUGUCACUUGGCAUGAUGCGGGAAGCGCUUCAGGAUUGUUUGACUGCUAUGUCAAUUGACCCCAGCUUUCUUAAGGCUAAAGUUAGAGCUGCAAAUUGCUACCUUGCAUUAGGCAAUCUUGAAGAUGCCUCAAGGAACUACAUGUCCUGUUUGAACAGUAACACUUCGAGUUCUGACCCCAAAAUGUUUACUGAAGCUUCUGAUGGUUUGGAAAAAGUCAAGAGAGUGACAGAGUGGGCAUCCCAGUGCAAGGGACUUCUUGAGAAAAGAACAUCUCCUGAAGCAACAACAGCCUUAGAAUUGAUCUCCAAUGCAUUGCACAUAAGUCCACAUUGGGAUAGCCUCAAGGAGAUGAAAGCUGAGGCACUGCUGAUGCUACGAAGAUACGAAGAAGUGAUUCAACUAUGUCAGGAAUCUGUAAAUCCGGCUGAAAGAAAUUCAGUUUUAUUCAAUGCUAAUGGAGAACCAAAGAGUUCCAGUGUCUCUGAAAAGACACAAUUCUCUGGAAGGCAUUGGCGGCCCUACCUUAUUUGCAAGGCUUAUUUCCAUUCAGGCAAGUUUGAUGAAGCUCUUGAUUUGUUAAAGAAACAUGAGCAAGUCACACCUGUCAAAGAAAGUGACGAGAGCUUAUAUCAAGAACGUUUGUCAUCAUUGUCAGCAACUAUAAGACAACUACUUUCCCUUAAGGCUGCUGGAAAUGAAUUAUUUCAAGCUGGAAAAUAUUCAGAUGCUGUGGAACAGUAUUCGGCGGCUUUGGCAUGCAAUAGUGAAUCACGCCCGUUUUCAGCUGUCUGUUUUUGCAAUCGUGCAGCUGCAUACCAAGCACUGGGUCAAGUUACUGAUGCGAUAGCAGAUUGUUCACUUGCCAUGGUUCUUGAUACAAGUUAUCCAAAGGCAAUUUCAAGGCGAGCCACCUUAUACGAGAUGAUAAGGGAUUAUGGACAAGCUGCUAAUGAUGUAAGGAAGCUAAUCUUGCUUCUUGAGAAGAAAGUCAAUGUGUCUGGAGUAUCACCAAAAUUUUUUAACAAGCACAGUGAUCUCAAGCAAGCACGCGCGCGGCUUUCAUCCAUAGAGGAUGAAGCAAAAAAGGAUACUCCCCUGAAUUUGUAUUUAAUCUUGGGAGUGGAGUCAUCCUGCUCUGCAGCAGAUAUCAAGAAGGCAUACCGGAAAGCUGCAUUGAGACAUCACCCAGACAAGGCUGCUCAAUUUCUAGUAAGGAAUGAGAAUACUGACGAUGGAUUUUGGAGGGAUGUUGUCAAGGAAGUUUAUGCAGAUGCGGAUCAUCUGUUCAAAGCAAUCGGGGAGGCUUAUAAUGUUCUUUCGGACCCAGACAAGCGUCAAGAUUAUGACUUCGAAGAGGAUGUAAGAAAAGCUAGUAAGAGAGUAUCUAAGUCCAGGAGUAUGCAUAGGUCACCUGAACAAAACUACAGCAACAGAGGCUUUAAUCCACGCCAGUGGCAGUCAAGCAGAGGAUCACGCUCACGUUGGUAUGGACACUCAGAUGAUUACUGGUAAGCUUAUUGGGAGCUACAUAUGGUGCGUUCAUUGGGCGAGGAGCAACUUUUGCAUCAGUUGGCAGUUGCAUCUAGAGCAAGGCCAUCUUUCACCAAAGAUGAGUAGCACCUGUCUGGGGUUUUUAGGUGCCACUGUCAAUCCACCCUCACAGCUUCCCCAUCCGUUUGAUGCUUUUAUUUUUUGAGAGGAUGGAAACACAAGGAUUGGCCACUUGGGAGGAUUGUGGUGUUGCAGCUUGGCUGGCACAUAUGCAGGAUCUGGAAACGGGACCUCAAGUUAUCUUUGGUUGGCUUGAUGGUGUCUGAACACUAACUGCUUGGGAGUGGGGCCAUCCGGAUAUCAUGGCUGGCAUGAUGGUCUCUGCUCCGAACACUGACAACAUCAUCAAAGGUUAGAAACACGGAGAAAGAUAUUGGUUUCUCCAUAGGCAAAGGCAUUCUUUUGUUGAGUGUAUGGCUGCUGUCUCAGGUUUACAGAAAAAAGAUCAGCUGAAAGAAGAGGCGUCAUGUUCUUUUCUGCGUGCGCUGUUCAAUUUUGUUUAUAAAUUAUCCAGAUGAUGUAGCGUGCCUGGCAAUUGGAAACGAGUGUACAUAUUGUAACUGCACAACGUUGGAAUCUAAUUGUUUGUUCUUUACUCCACUUGUUCGCCAUGUAUUUUUGGCUUUUUGCUAGCAGAUGUAAGGCAUCAUUUUAAACAUCUGCGAGAUGUUGUGGAAUCUCCUUCCAGAGUGUAACUUUCGGAAGCAGGUCGUUUCGAACCUGGAAAGUAAUCGAGUCAAAUUAGUAGUAUGAUUCUCACAA